ACCUCCCUGCACUCCAACCAAAUAGACGCCUCACACUGUUAGGAAAGCCAAUGCGCGAUCGAGCGAGCAGUAGGCGUGGGAGAGAGAGAGCAUUCCAUCGCACGACCCAGAGGAACGAGGACCGCCCUGUAACCCAGACGUCAUACCACAGCAGCGGUAGUUUCGAGGACAUCAAGGGUAAGCUCGAAAUACUUCGGUCUGUAGAACCGGAUCACACCCAUAUAGGUGACCACGGCUCGAAGAGACCACAAUCUUGGACGAUGAACGGGAGGAGUGGAAUGUUCAUGCUGAUGCUCCUGUCGGUGUCGAUGGAAGGAGGGGAAUCCGUGAGGCAGUAUGAAUUCACGAAGGUGGAUAACGGAGGGUUGGUCUUCGCAACUCUGAAUCUCAUCCAAACAAAGGCAAGAACCAGGAAGGAGUGUGCCUUGAAAUGCAUCAGCAAGAACAACUGCGUCGCUUUUCAUUGGCUUCCCUCAGGAGGGACGUGCCAGCUGGUGCCAGACGACAACACGACCAUGAAUGUCCAAGCCGGAGGGGGACUGGAGCUCUACCAACCAGAACCCAUGGCCAAGGGUGCAGCCAAUACGUGCAUCGGGCUGAGGAACGGGAAGGCGUGCGUCUUCCCCUUCACGUACCUGGGGCAGACCUUCAACGGGUGCACUUUACUCGACGACGUCAAAUUCUGGUGCUCUCCCGUAGCUGACUAUAUUGCAGGGAGCUUCAUGUACGAGUAUUGUCCCUUCUCCUGUCCCAUCAACAACCCCUGCUGCUAA